AUAUGAUUAUAUAUAGUCUAUUGUGUAAACAUUUUUGACUGGUAGUUUAUGUGAUAUGAUAUAAUAUAAUGUGAAUAUUUCCUCUUAUUUCGUUGAUAUGAGCGGUGAGCUAAGACUUUUAAUAUAUAAACAGAAGUGUAGUUUCUGGCUUCACACACAUACACACUCUCUCUCUGACUUCAUGUAGUGUGUAGCUUUACAGGUGUGCUCAUUUUUUAAAUUUAGUUGUAAAUAAAUAAAUAAAUAAAUAAGUGUGUGUGUUUCAUGUCUCGGUUUAAGAGAGGAGCUGGAGCUGACCCAAGGGCUGGGUUCAGACAGGACACACAGGAAUGUCCGGUACCGUCUGGACUGCUGAAGACCGCCAGAAAGAGCGGACAACUCAAUCUGUCCGGCCGCGGACUCAGCGAAGUUCCUCAGAGUGUGUGGAGGAUAAAUGUGGACCCUCCAGAAGAAGCUCAGCAGAAUCUGUCCUUCAGUGCAGCAGAGCGAUGGUGGGAGCAGACUGAUCUCACCAAACUCUUGCUCUCCUCCAACAAACUCCAGACAAUCUCAGAAGACAUCAAACUCUUGCCUGCUCUGGUGGUUUUAGAUAUUCAUGACAACCAACUCACUACACUGCCAGCGUCUAUUGGCGAGCUGGAACAGUUACAGAAACUCAUCCUGAGUCAUAAUAAUUUGACAGAGCUGCCCACGGAGCUUUGGAGCGUGACAAACCUGCGAUGUCUCCAUCUACAGCAGAACCUCCUCCAACAGCUGCCUGCAGACUUGGGCCAGUUGUGCCACUUGGAGGACCUUGAUGUUUCCAACAACAAAUUAAUGGCUAUACCAGACAGCCUGGCAGACCUCAGCAACCUCGUAAAACUGAAUCUAUCCUUCAACAAUCUGAAGAGUCUGCCGCCUGCAAUCAGCGGGAUGAAGAACUUGAGAAUGCUGGACUGCUCUCGAAAUCAAUUGGAGAGCGUGCCGCCUGUCCUGGCACAGAUGGCGUCUCUUGAGCAGCUGUACCUGAGGCACAACAAACUGCGCUUCCUCCCGGAGCUGCCCUCCUGCAAAACACUCAAGGAGCUUCACUGCGGGAAUAAUCAGAUUCAGGUUUUGGAGGCAGAUCAUCUAAAAUACCUGAGUGCCCUGAGUGUUUUGGAGCUAAGAGAUAACAAGGUGAAGAGUCUUCCUGAGGAAAUAACUCUACUGCAAGGCCUGGAGCGCCUGGAUCUUACUAACAAUGACAUUAGCAGUGUGCCCUGUGGUCUUGGAACUCUGCCCAAGCUGAAGACUCUGGCUCUGGAGGGCAAUCCUCUGAGGACGAUCCGCAGAGAUAUUCUGACUAAAGGCACAAGUGAACUCUUGAAAUAUCUCAGAAGUCGAAUACAAGAGCAGCCUGACGGCAAAACCAAAGAGGAGCCGAGCACAGCGAUGACUCUCCCUAGCCAGGCCAAGAUUAAUGUGCAUGCCAUCAAAACACUGAAGACAUUAGACUACAGUGAAAAACAAGAGGCAUCUAUACCUGAUGAGGUGUUUGAUGCAGUCAAGAACACUCCUGUUGCCACCGUGAGCUUCAGCAAAAACCAGCUGACCGUUGUACCACCCAGGAUUUUGGAGCUGAAAGACACUCUAGCAGAUAUCAAUCUUGGAUUUAAUAAGCUUUCCACGAUUCCUCUUGAAUUUUCCAAGCUACAGCAGCUUGCACACAUAGACCUCAGUAAUCUGUUGACAUCACUGCCAGUGGAGUUGGAAGCUCUCACUAAGCUGCGGAGCAUCAUACUGUCAUUUAAUAAAUUUAAGUCUUUCCCAGAUGUGCUGUACCGCAUCUUAACGCUGGAGACAAUUUUAAUAAGCAACAAUCAAGUUGGGGCCAUCGAUCCUGUGCGCCUUAAGCUGCUGGACAGGUUGUCCACUCUGGAUCUGCAGAACAAUGACAUCAUGCAGGUGCCACCAGAGCUGGGCAACUGUACCAGCCUGAGGGCUGUGUUGCUUGAUGGGAACCCUUUCCGUAACCCUAGAGCUGCGAUCGUAGCUAAAGGAACAGACGCGCUUCUUGAAUAUCUACGAAGUCGCAUUCCUACAUAAGUUUAUCGUCUUACAUGGCUGAGUUACCACCACUGCCGCAUAAAUAAAGCACUAUCAGAUUAAUUCUGCACACAAGACACAAUACUUCUCUGCCAAAAACCUGUUUUUUUUUUUCUGAAUAUAUGUCAUGAAAUUUUGCAUCUUAGAGUAACUGACACUUUCUGUUUUCCUAAAGUCUCAUGGCCUUAAUGGGAAAGUUCCCAGAAAUCACAUAUUUGUUUGAAAUUCUACAGAUCUAGCAUGCACUCCUCAUUCUUCUAGCUCUCUUUAUCAUCUUUCUUAUCAUCACAUACUUGCUGACCAAUUUUCUAAUAAAUAUUUGCAUUUAUUUUAUUCUUAUCCUGUAUGUCUAGGACUAGCAAGGAAGACCAUGUGACAUGAUUGAAGAGGCUGUGUGUGUUUACUACAUUACAUUUCAACUUACAGUAUCAUUUAAGACAUUCUAGUGCAUUUUUUUGAGCCAAUAAUAUGUAUCAUAUAAAAAGUACUUGUAAUGGGAAAGUCAGGUAUUCAUGGUGGAAUUUAUUAUUGUAUCCAGAAAAGUUGCACUAGUUAGUGUAUACAGUAAAAUCCACAGUGUUGAAUUACCACGUAUAGUGUUUAUUCAUGUCCAGUUGGACACAAAUGAACGCUGAAAGAGUUAAUUCAACACUGGGGAUUUUACUCUGUAUUCCAGUGUAAAUUGUUCAAUAUAACAGGGUCUGUAGAAAGGUGCUUGAAUUUGCCUUUUUGAAAUUUAAGUACUGGAAAACCUUGAAAAUAGCCAUUUAUUUUUGAUCAAAUACAACAAUCUAUUGACUUUUUGGGCAAACCUUGGCAACUUCCCAUAGAAGAGAGUGUCCAGUACUGCCCUGCAGAGUGUGGGGUCUUGCUUUCCUGCUUCAGGUACAUAUCUAUCUAUCUCUCUUGAUCUCUUGCUCUGUUCAGUGAGUGGCAAAGAGGAGCAGCACAUUCAGUCUCUCCUAACUUUCUCUCUGAGUGAUCAUUUUACAUGUAAAUAUAGCUGAAAUCACAGCAAAGCCGUUAUGUGUAUGGUGAUUUUGUCAGACAAUGUCCUGGUUAUAAAUCAGGAUUUUAACAGCGCAGCGGCUUGGAAAUGUCUUGGAAGUGACUGCUGGUUAACAUGUAGU